AUGUGCCCCGGUGCAGACCACGAGCCCAAUGGGCAGGCCAACGCUGCCAAUGGCCGCAACGGUGAACACCCCGGCUUCACUGCCGUCGAGACUCGCCAGAACCCCCACCCCUCCGUCUCUCGGAACCCCUAUGGCCACAACGUCGGUGUCACCGACUUCCUGAGCAACGUCUCUCGCUUCCAGAUCAUCGAGAGUACCCUGCGUGAGGGUGAGCAGUUCGCCAACGCUUUCUUCGACACCGAGAAGAAGAUUGAAAUCGCCAAGGCCCUCGAUGAGUUCGGUGUUGACUACAUUGAGCUCACCAGCCCUUGCGCUUCCGAGCAGUCGAGAAAGGACUGUGAGGCCAUUUGCAAGCUUGGCCUGAAGGCUAAGAUCCUGACCCACAUCCGUUGCCACAUGGACGAUGCUCGCAUUGCCGUCGAGACCGGUGUCGAUGGAGUCGAUGUUGUUAUUGGAACCUCCUCUUACCUCCGUGAGCACUCCCACGGCAAGGACAUGACCUACAUCAAGAACACCGCCAUCGAAGUCAUCGAAUUCGUCAAGUCCAAGGGUAUUGAGAUCCGUUUCUCCAGUGAGGAUUCUUUCCGCUCUGACCUCGUCGAUCUCCUGUCCAUCUACUCGGCCGUCGACAAGGUCGGUGUUAACCGUGUCGGUAUCGCCGAUACCGUCGGCUGCGCUUCCCCCCGUCAGGUCUACGAGCUUGUCCGUGUCCUGAGAGGUGUUGUCAGCUGUGACAUCGAAACCCACUUCCACAACGACACUGGUUGUGCUAUUGCCAACGCUUACUGUGCCCUGGAGGCUGGUGCCACUCACAUCGACACCUCCGUCCUUGGUAUCGGUGAGCGUAACGGUAUCACUCCCCUCGGUGGUCUCAUGGCCCGCAUGAUGGUUGCCGACCCCGAGUACGUCAAGGGCAAGUACAGGUUGGAGAAGCUCAAGGAUAUCGAGGACCUUGUUGCCGAGGCCGUUGAGGUCAACAUCCCCUUCAACAACUACAUCACCGGUUUCUGCGCUUUCACCCACAAGGCCGGUAUCCACGCCAAGGCCAUCCUCAACAACCCCAGCACCUACGAGAUCAUCAACCCCGCCGACUUCGGCAUGUCUCGUUAUGUCCACUUCGCUUCUCGUCUGACCGGCUGGAACGCCAUCAAGUCGCGUGCCCAGCAGCUCAAGAUCGAGAUGACCGAUGACCAGUACAAGGAGUGCACGGCCAAGAUCAAGGCUCUGGCCGAUAUCCGCCCCAUUGCUGUCGAUGAUGCCGACAGUAUCAUCCGUGCCUACUACCGCAACCUCAAGCUGGGCGAGAACAAGCCCCUCCUGGACCUUACGGCCGACGAGCAGGCUCAGUUCGCUGCCAAGGAGAAGGAGCUUGCCGCUCAGGCUUCUGCCUAA